CAUGACCCUCAGUGUUGCAGGCCUGCGUGUUGCUGAACAGGGAGUACGUCCUCACCUCCACAGGUUCCCCGGCUGCUGAGACAGUCUCCUUCACUGUGUCCGGAUCUCUUGGCUCCUCCCCGCACUGAUUAAAUGCCCGCUGUGCGCCUCAGCCUGCUGCAGAUGACGGCAGUCAUGACUGAGAAGCAGUAGGUUGGACUUUUAUCAUCCUGACAGCAAGCGAACAUCAGAGUGUUUUUUCUUCUCCGGCACCCUCAACCAUCCAACGAGCCGCCAUGAAGACCAUCCUUGCUGCUUACUCUGGUGUCCUCAAAGGCACAGGCUCCAGCAUCCUCUCUGCCCUGCAGGACCUGCCGGUGGCGUUCUGGCCCUGCAGAUCCAAGAUGGAAAAACAUCUGCAGGUUAUCUCUGUGCUGCAGUGGGUCAUCAGCUUCUUAGCCAUGGGUGCUGCCUGCACUGUGUUGUUGAUCUACAUGUUCUGCACUGAUUGCUGGCUGAUUGCUGCCAUUUACACUGCCUGGCUCAUCAUCGACUGGAACACCCCAAAACAAGGUGGAAGAAGGUCUUCUUGGGUGAGGGGCUGGACAGUGUGGACAUAUUUCCGAGACUACUUCCCGAUCAGGCUAAUUAAAACCCACAACCUGCUGCCCAGCCGGAACUACAUAUUUGGCUACCACCCCCAUGGCAUCUUCUGUUUUGGUGCUUUCUGCAACUUUGGGACUGAAGCCACCGGCUUCUCCAAGAAAUUCCCGGGCAUCAAGCCCUCCCUGGCGACCCUGGCAGGCAACUUCCGCUUGCCCGUGCUUCGAGACUACCUGAUGUCUGGAGGUAUCUGUCCAGUGAACAAGAACUCUAUCGACUACCUGCUAUCUUGUAACGGGACGGGAAAUGCUGUGGUCAUUGUUGUCGGAGGUGCGGCGGAGUCUCUGCAUUGCGCGCCAGGCAUGAAUGCUGUCACCCUGAAGAAUCGCAAAGGCUUCGUGAAGCUGGCCCUGCAGAAAGGGUCUGACCUGGUUCCUGUGUAUUCCUUUGGAGAGAACGAUGCCUACAAACAGGUGAUCUUUGAGGAGGGAACCUGGUGGAGAUCUCUCCAAAAGAGAUUACAGAAGAUCUUAGGCUUCGCCCCAUGCCUUUUCCAUGGAUGUGGUCUCUUCUUUGGCAACUCCUGGGGCAUUGUGCCUUUUUGCAACCCUAUCACCACCAUAGUUGGGGAACCAAUCACAGUGCCAAAAAUUGAGGAUCCAACUGAAGAGAUGGUGGAUCUGUACCAUGCAAUGUAUAUCAAGUCUCUCCGGUGCCUUUUUGACAAGUACAAGACCCGCUUUGGCCUAAAAGAGAGCGAUGUCCUGUACAUCCAGUGAAAGGACGAAGGAAGCCCUGUUGAAGCUCUGAACUGUGGCAGCAUCUUCAGACCCCUCCGCUCCCUUCCGCCCUCCCCCAAUUUUGGUGCCUGGGGUUGGAUUAUCUCUCUGGACUGCAAACUCUACUCACGAGCAUGUUUGCUACAGAAAUCUUUACUCUCUACAUUUGUCCCUCUUAUAAUCAUAUUUCCUUUUCAGGAAAUGGCAGGUAUGAAGAAUAGUACAGUUGGACAAAGUUGCACAAAAGAUGUGCCUUUCUUGUUUCUAUUUCCAUUUUCUCAGUGAAGGCAUCAAGUUUGGGGGCUGGAAGGUAACAUGCAGGACUUUAAAGAAGUGCCAAUGUUUUCUUUCAUUCAUACAUUCAUAUAAUUUUCCCUAAGCUCUUUAAGAUCCUGUUAAUAUGCUAAACGCACAAACAAUGCAAAUGGAAGGUACCACUUUAUUACUGGGAUAAUAAGCCUAAAGGUUAAUUGAGCCAAAGACCUAUGUUGUCCCCCCACACACAUGUAUUUCUACUGUAUGAAAGGAAUUCUACACAGUGGAUUCACAUUAUGAAUGCACACCUGUGCCUUUUGAUUGUAUAAUGCCAUAAAGUAUUAAUUGUAUUCUGUAGAGAGGAAAAAGCCUUAUUUUAGUGCUUGUCUCUCAAUGAAUAUCUCUGAUGCACUUUUUGUAUUGCCGAUUACCUUCUGAGGUUUUUGUCUCAAGAAAAAUGCCUUUGAUAUGAGAAUUUUUCCAAGACCAUCAGUGUGCUGGUUGGCUUGGUUUCCUUUUCUUGUCCCACAGAUGUCCAGGUCUGGAUGGGUGUGUUCUGACUAUGCAGUAAAAACUACAGCAAAGUCUUGUAUGUUCAGGUGGUGUUAGCCAACUAUCUUAAGUUUUGAGCAGCAGUUGAAGAUGAUAAAGUAGUUUUGUGGGUGAAAAUGAUUCCAGUGUUGAGUGCAUCAUGGGUGAUUGCUGAAUAAGAAGGAAUCACACUGGGUAAUGCCUUAUUACUGGGAAUAUGUUGUAUUUGAGGGUGUCACUAGUACUUAUGUAAAGAAAGAGUAUGAGAAUAGAUGAGGUAUCCUUGGAAUCAUCAAAAUAAGUGAGUUUGUGUCAUGUUGGAGAUAGGCAGUAAAUUAUAGGAUUGUCAUUUGAAGAGCAAUUUUCCUCUGUUCUCAGCAAUGUGAUGUCUUACAAAAAGCAGUGUAAUCCCUGUGCAGUAAAUUUGCAAGCAAUAAACACAGUGAGACCUGUCUAUAUAAUGAAUGGCAUCAUCUGUCUGCCAAUAUUUAAAUUAAACUUUUGUAUGUUUUCAGAAGGA